CUCCCCUGAGCCGUGGCCAAAUGCUAUGUCUACUUUUCCCUUUCCUAGAGCCUGGAUUUGAGAUGCAGAAGCCCCAGCUCUUGAUCCCUGCCAUGGCCACUACAAAUGGAACACUGGUGCACCCAGCAUACUUCCUUCUGGUGGGCAUCCCUGGGCUGGGGCCCGACACACACUUUUGGCUGGCUUUCCCUCUGUGUCUUAUGUAUGCCUUGGCCACCCUGGGCAACCUGGCCAUCAUCCUUACCAUCCGUGUGGAAAGGCGUCUGCACAAGCCCAUGUACCUCUUCCUGGCCAUGCUCUCUACCAUUGACCUAGUCCUCUCCUCUGCCACCAUGCCCAGGAUGGCCAGCCUUUUCCUGACAGGCGCCCAGGAGAUCGAGUUCAACGUUUGCCUGGCUCAGAUGUUCCUUAUCCAUGCUCUGUCAGCCAUGGAGUCAGCUGUCCUGCUGGCCAUGGCUUUUGACCGCUUUGUGGCCAUCUGCCACCCAUUGCGCCAUGCGUCUGUGCUCACAGGGCCUACUGUGGCCAAGAUUGGACUAGCUGCCCUGGCCAGGGGGUUUGUAUUCUUCUUCCCACUGCCCUUCAUCUUGAAGCGGUUGUCAUACUGCCGAACACAUACUGUCACACACUCUUUCUGUCUGCACCAAGAUAUUAUGAAGUUGUCCUGUACUGACACCACGGUCAAUGUGGUUUAUGGACUCUUCAUCAUCCUCUCAGUGAUGGGUGCAGACUCCCUCUUCAUUAGCUUCUCCUACAUCCUCAUUCUGUGGGCUGUGUUGGAGCUGUCCUCUCGGGGGGCAGCACUCAAGGCUUUCAACACCUGCAUCUCCCAUCUCUGUGCUGUCCUGGUCUUUUAUGUGCCCCUCAUUGGGCUGUCAGUGGUGCACAGGCUGGGUGGUCCCACGUCCCUGCUUCAUGUGGUUAUGGCUAAUAUAUAUCUGCUGCUGCCUCCUGUGGUCAACCCCAUUGUCUAUGGAGCCAAGACCAAGGAGAUACGUUCAAGGGUCUUCCAUAUGUUCUCACAAGGUGGCAGGUAAGAAUGAUACCUACCUGUGUUCUCAAUGCUUUCAAAGAUGGGAGGAUUUGUAUCCUAUCGAUUGA